AUGUCUGAUCAGCAGAAAGCACUCCGUAGAUCACCUCCAAAUUACGAAGGCAUGAGGUUCAUGGCAGCAGGAACACUUGGUGCUGCGUUGCUAGGCUUGUCCAGUCUUACCUUUGCAGGAACAGUUAUAUUUCUGAUCCUUUCCGCUCCAUUCCUGAUCCUGUUCAGCCCAAUUCUUGUUCCGGCCGCGAUAAUUCUGGUCUUGAGCACUGCCGGUUUCUUGUUCUCUGUUGGGUCUGGCAUAGGGGGGUUAACUUCCGCAUUCUGGAUGUAUAGGAACGCCCGUGAGAGACACCUGUUUUGGGCAGACCAACUUGAUUUUACUAGGAUGAGGAUUGCAAGCAAAGCCCGGGAUAUGAAGGAAAGAACUAAAGCGGGUGGACAAGUUGUGCAGAACGAGGGCCAGGAGACUACUCAAGCCUAA